AUUGCAGUGAAAUCCUUAGUAUUUUGGACCCCAAAUUAGAAAAUGAAGCAAAAAUAACAAAGAUAAGAAUGGAACCUUACUUAAAAGAAAGUCACCCGAACCCCACGGUUCAAAAUCAGGAUGUAAAUAAAGCAGAAUCGGUUGAAAACUUUCAGAAAUUCAUUUAUGAUUUGUUCGAUAAAAAUGGUAUUCUCAACGAUUUGAGGGCUUAUUUACGCGGGCACAUUGUUGAUGUGUUAAAAAGUGCGCAAACUGGAGAACCUCCAUCAUGUCAAAAACAUUUUAAGCAGCGUCUGGACUGUACAUUCCAGGCUUUGAAUAUGCUUGUUGCGGAGUAUUUGCUGUGUUUGGAGUUCAACUACAGCCUCUCAGUGUUUGUGUCAGAGAUACCUCUAGCCAACAUGGUGUUUGGUCUGGCCAAGUCCCUCAUGGGACUAGGGGCAGACGGUGAAGCCUCUAAGCUUAGAUUUGGUGAUACUGAUGUUUGGUCCAUAUUGAACUAUUUAGGUGUAAAAUGUGAUUCUGAACAUGCUAAAGCCAUUGUAGAUAUGUAUAAAGCAGAGGAAAAGUCUCCGCUGUUACUCUGCAUCUUAAAGUGUGCACAGCUGUGUGAUAUGGAACCAAAUGAUAAUGUAUCACAAGACAGUGUCUCCUCCAGCUCGAAGAGUUCCUUGGACAAGCGCUCGACCGGCUCGCGUUGUAAACACGACGCGUUCUGUAAAGCUUGUCGCGGGAAGUACAGGCGACUGAAGGAGAGGUAUAAGAGGAAAAAGGCGCGGUAUAUAGAGAAGGCACACGCAAAUGCAAAAGCACUGAAUGUGGAGAAUAUCAUGAAGAAUAUCGGUGAUUUGGAGCAAAAACUCGUUGACGAGAUGUUCGACCAAUUGAAGACCGUGUACGAGUCAGAAAUAGACAUGUUUAAAGCGGAGCACGAAGGGAAAAUCAAAAACUCUCUCGCCAGCCACGCGGAGCACUUCCAACGGAUGCAAAAAGAGUUGGAAGAAUCGUACAAAGCUCGCGAAGAAGCCCUAAAGGCGAGCAUAGACGACAAGAAGCGAUUCCUGUGGGGCCUCGCGCAAGCCUUGCGGACGCAGCACGCGCAAAUGACUAGAGCCAUGCAGGCUGUCAAGAAACAGACCGCGGAAAUUGCUCAACAGGAACAGAACCUGAAACUUCAGCGAACUGAAGCCGAAGAAUCUCUAAAGAAGCGCGCAGAGGAAAUGAGACAGCAAAUAGCGGACGAACUCCUCAUCCUAGAACGACACUUAGACUCCUACAAGAUAGAGCGAGAAAGCAUCAAUAGAGAGAGAAACUGCGAAACUAAAGUUAACAGCGAAGUUAGGAAUUAUUUAAAAAAACAUUACCAUCUAUGGAAAGAUGAAUUGGAAGUGUUAAAGGUUUAUAUGGAAAAUGCUACGAAUCAGCCUAAAAGUGUCAUAGAAAGGGGUACGGCGACUGAGGAUGGGUUUAAAGGGAUGAACAAUGAGGUAGAGAGGGACAGAGGGAUGGUUAGAGAGGGAAGGCCUAAUCAGGUUGUGAAUGAUUUGAAGAAACAGAAGAAUGUUAAUUUUAAUCAGGGCAAGUCGGAAGGAGAGUCUCCAGGCAGCCACAGCUCUUCCAGUUCGGAGGACGUACAUCUUCGCCGAAGUGAGAGGCAGCCGACAACAAUUAGGCUGGCAUCACCCCAGCGUGCACCCGUUUCUCUACUCGAGCAGAGCAUACGAGAGACGGAAUGUGGUUGGCGGAAAGGAGCGGGCGAAGAGCGCACUUUACUCCCUAGUGCGAGAAUAUUGGUGCCCGGAGACUCCAUACCAUUCGUCGGCGUCGUCGGUCGGAGGAGCGAUAGUCGGAGACACCUGCUGAACCGCUGGCGCAUGCUGCGGCGCCGCGUGUCGCCGCUGAGCGCUGCGCUCGUGCCGCCCGCCACCUCAGACUCCUCCGCGAAAACCGCCGUAAUUCGUGUACACAGGACAGAGGUGUCUAACGAACCUGCUCGUGACACGGACGACCCUCGCCAGGAGAAUACCUCAACACCAACUAGAGAUGUGAUCGAGCCUAGAACUAAGGUCGCGGAGACGGAGUCGCCCAAAAUGGGGGAAAGAAGUCCUCGAUCCGUCUUGAAAGAAGCCAAAGAGAAAUUGAAGACCGUGACUAGAGCGUCGGCCUCGCGAGAGAAGAGUCCAAGCGCGGUGCUUCGCGAAGCCAAGCGGAGACUCCGCAAGCUGGAAAUAGAAGCGGAAGCCGUCGAGCGCUCCUACAUGGACUACCGUCGGCGCCGGGACAAGUCUCCUCUACUGGACGACUUAACACCGUGCAUACCAACAACGCCUAGCAUAAUGCCGACGCAUCACAAAGAGGCACCCGAGCACUCAAAAACACAACCACAUUCCACAGAUUCCGUGCACUUAGACUUAGAGAAAUACCUCAAAAAGUACCACAUUAAUCUUGACCUCGGACAAGACCACUUUAAAAACAAAAACACUGCCACUAGACUUAAAAACCCAGUGCCAGAAGCUUAUUCUGAAAUGGACAGGAAUAUCAAACCCAUCCCAAAACAAGACUACUUAGAAAAACCUAUUACAGAGUUUAGAAAAUUAUACUACACUAACCCAGAACGGGCAUGCAAUAUAUCUCAGGAUAGUAUGAAGUCCUUACGUAGAAGCAGAGAAAAUAGUCCAAAAACUCGAAAAGGAAAAUCUUCUGAUAUAGAAGACAAUACAAGAAAGGAAAUAGAAAUGCUUAAGCAAAGUAUAAUCAGAAACGAUUUGCAAGAACCGAUUAAUACUGCUGAAACGUCGAAGGAGGAAAACAUGGCCGAUAAUCUGUUGUUAGUUGAAGUAGAAAAUGUGACCGAGGUUAAAGAGUUGAAUGUCGAAGACCAAACGGACAUGGUUGUACUUGUCGAAAGCUUGGUAGAUUGCAAAGAAGCAAUAGUAGCGGAGCCAGAUGACAAGGCAGAUGUGUCUAAAAUGACUUUAGUAGUCAGUCCAAGGCAUAUUGAGGAAAAUAAUAUUACUAUAGAAAGACUAGGGACAACGCUUGCGGGGAUUAGAACUGCAGUACGAGACAACGUUAUUACAUCAAGUGAUUUUACUUUAUCGGUUCGGGAAGAAAUUCUAACAACAAAAGAAUACUAUGCAGCGAGUGGCGAGAAUUAUGCUCCGGAGAAUAUACAAACAGAAUUACGCCGGGAACCGGACUCUGAACUACAAAUUCCAGCGCAAAGUUCGGGGAUCGAAACAUUCGAAACUGUAGAAAUUGUGGAGGACUAUCCUGAUGAUUUUUCGGAUGACGUGGACAACUAUAAGUCCGAUGUUAAUUCCCCCAUAUCUCUUCCUAAAACUUCUGAAGAUGAAAACUUUUGGGACUAGUGUUAUCUAUAAAAUUAAACAAAACAUAACUAUAGUCAUAAUUUAUUAUAUAAUAAAACAUACAUAUUAUUUUA